CUUAGUCCUUCCAUCUCCAUAUCAUACAACCUCAAAUGAACUUUCAUUGACUUUCAAAGUCAACCCACUUCAGCUUGUAUCCCCUGCAUCUAGAAUAUGGACAGUGCUUGUGGUUAUGAUGAGAAGACACUCAUCCAUGAGCUAACUCAAGGGUUACAAAUGGCUGAACGGCUAAAGGUUAAUCUGCAUUCACCCGAAACAAGCGAAUUCUUGAUACAAAAGAUCUUAUCAAUCUAUGACAACGCUCUUUUCGUCCUUCAAUGUGGCGACUCAUCCGGGCAGCCUCCCGCACCUGCCCUUCGAGCAGCCAGUCUGCCUGAAUCAUCGAUAUCCUUUGGAAGCCCGGGAAGUGAUGAAUUCGAGUUUGACCAACCCUUUUGGGGUCGGAAGGGCGAAAACGUCCUUUCGAGAAAGAGGAAGGGGUCCAUAACAUGGGAGGAUGAACUUAGAAUAUGUAGUGACAAUGGGUUAGAGGGUAACACUGAUGACGGUUACAAUUGGAGGAAGUACGGGCAGAAAGAGAUUCAGGGUGCUAAAUUUCCAAGAAGCUAUUAUAGAUGUUCAUACCGUAAUUCACAGAAAUGCUUUGCAACAAAACAAGUGCAAAGAAAAGAUGAAGACCCUGCAGGAUUUGAUAUUGUGUACAAAGGGAAACACACGUGCAACCAGCGCGCUUCACCAUCGCCGUCACCAUCACCACGACCACCACGAUCUCCAUCAUCAUUGCUAUCACCAUCCCCAUCGCCAUCACCAACACCAUCGCGUGAAAAACAUGAAACGCUCUCAAAUCUCAGAGCCAACCUUAGUGUUAACACCACGGAUUUGGGUGGCGAAGGUGACACGGUUCCAUCUUUGUUUUCCUUCCCUUCAGCAUCAUCUGGAGUUCAUUUUCCAAAUACUUUUGAUGAAGAAUUAUUUCAAGUUUACUCACCAACGUUUAUCUCCCCGGUUACCUCUGAACCAAAUAUUUUCUCAGAAUGGGGAAGUUCGCAGUCGUUGGAUUUACUGGCAGAUGUAGACACUGAUUUUGAAUUUAACUCUUUGUUUUAAAAUCAGCACGUGUUCGUCCCGUUCGCUUUUGAUACAUUCAGCGCUCUCGCCCCUGACGCAGUGCGGUUCCUCAAGCGGGUUCAACAGGUGGUAAGCAGUAACACCGCGCAUGUUAAGGGGCAGAAUUUGUGUUUAGCAGGUUAGGUUUUGCUAUUCAGAAAGGGGUAGCGGCGCAACUUGUUGCUCGUCUACCUGCCAUUAGUCUAUAAUCGUCUCAGUUUUAUACCAUGUGAUAUGUUUUAUAUAAAUAAAGAAUAGUGUUACAGGUAAGAAAGAACUGUAGAGUGGAUAUAAAAGAAUUACAUUAUGCAUUGCAAUAAGCUAA